GUGACCUCAAGUUUUACUUGAUCGGAAAACAAAACAUUGAGGAAGCGUCCGGUUGAACUGUGGAAGGAAGUGAACGUCCAAAAUUGAAAAAAAAAUGCCACGAAAAAGACGCAAUAAAGACCCAGUCGUCCAAACACUGGACUUUGAUGAAGAAACUGAUGAAGCUACAAAAACCGGGGACUCACUUAAAUCAGAUCGGAUUCCAGAAAGCGGAAAACACCCUCAUAACUUGGAAGGUGGUACGAGUCCCGAGGCGGGCGGCCCACCGACCGCGUCGGAGCGGCCAGGCUACACCGAGCUGAUACCCACGGACUUCACUCACCGUGACCGCUUGAGGUUCUCCUGGCCGGGUGGGCUUGCGGAAGACGACGGUUCGCCGCAUCGGUUUCUCGUCUCAUGUGCAUGUCUGAUCUGUUUAAUUCUAGUUGUGCAAUGGAUUAAAACCGAAGGUUACAAUUUGUUCUUGAGGUGGUAUCUUGAAUUGUGGGACAGAGAAGAAGUUGCAAAGAACCAGGAAAACGAUUCUGUACCUUUCCUUGGCCUUUCCUUGGGUUUUCUGUGGUCCCUGCUGGUUUCUUUCCUGCUCGGCUUGUCGUGUUUACUUUUCUCCUGGGGGAUCACGUACCAGGAUUCCCUCCAGCCCGGACAGUUCCCUCCGUCUCCCCUCUCGCCCAAAAAACUCCGCAAGCGAUCUGGGCACACUUUCCACUCCAGCUACGUCAUGGCCAUCAUUAAUGGGAUUGCAGUGUUUGCCCUGUCAGCCUGGUGGCUCUGCACAUAGCUUGGCGCCAUUAGGGCGUGGCUUGGGUGUGGUCGGGCGUGGACUAGACAGUGUAUCUGUUCUGGACUUCUCAUCCCUUCAUGUGUACAAAUGUUGGGCGUGGCUUGGUCUUUACAGCUUUGUCCCUGGCAUUAUUUUACUUCAGUGCAUGGUCAGUGUGGGUGUGUUAGUUUAAGGGUGUGGUCAGUGUUUGGGUGUGGUCAGCAUAUGGGUGUGGUCAGAGUAUGGGUGUGGUAUGGCCGAGGUUAGUUUAAGGGUUUGGUCAGUGUAUAGGUGUGGUCAGAGUACGGGUGUGUUCAGAGUAUUGGUAUCUUCAUUAUGGGUGUGGUUAGUUCAAGGGUUUUGUCAGAGAAUGGGUGUGGUCAGUGUAUGGGUGUGUGUCUGUAGUCUGACCUUGUCAAGGUCUCUGGUUUGAGUCAAAUUUUUUUCCACAACAAACCAACACCAAGUUGGUAUAUGUGAAGCAUCUUGUAAUAAUUGGCAAAGUAAAGUUUUAGUUGACCAAUGGUCAAAAUUAGAUUUUGCUUAAACUUUUCAGGGAUUUUUUUUGGUUUUAAUUUGUGAAUAUAGGUUUCAGAAAUAUUUUAAGUUUUUAGUUUAUUUAUUUUGACAGGUAUUGUUAGCUUGUGUUGUUGACCUGUAUAUUUUGGUUUUGUUGUGAAAUUUAAAAACGAAAAUUGUUUUUUUUGGCCUUAAUUAUAGUUGUGUUAAUAGCUAGUAUUAAUACUCUGAUGAAAAAGAUCUGCAUGAUUAUGAAAUAUGCAUUCAGGAAUGAAUUACUAGUUUUAAUAUAUGUAAAAUGUAUAAAGUGCGCACAUAUAUAUGGGCAUUUGUGAAUGUGUUAAUUAAAAAUAUAAACAUGAAAAAGAGUGCAUGUGAAUAUGGGUUUACAAUGUAUUUGGUAUUUUAAUAUUUUUGAAGCAAAGACGAGGGACAUUUAAACACAAGUAUUAAUACGCAAUAAAAACACAAAUCCUUGUGAAAUUUUUGACAGUC